AUGCCUUCCUGCUCUACAACUUCUAUUAAUAUGACACCUAUUCUCACUAUGAUUCCGAAGUUCUCGGAAGUUCAAAAAUCGAAUAGAAUCUUCAAAACCAAAAGAGAACAGAUGAAGAGGAAGAUGGGACCACGAAUGAAAAUAGCAAAUGGAAUACCAAAAACAGAAAAUGUGAUGAGUGGUCCGUGGGAUCAGAGAUAUCGGAAAAUGAGAUUGUCUGUGAGCUAUUUGGAAGCUCUAUUCCCGGCUUCUGUACAACAAAUGGAGCAGAUGAAGAGGAACGAGAAGAAAUUUCGCGACUUCUAUGAUCUUGAUUCCUUAUAA